AUGACCGCUCUACAUUGUUAUGGUAUCUAUGGAAAUGCUUCUUUUGGUCUGAUUGUGGGAAGUCCCGCUGCCACAUCUUUCGCAUACAAUUGCAAUACUGCAAGGCGAGGAAAAGCAAAUACCACAGAUUUUCUUUUAGACAUGUUGAGCCCCUCGGAAGCCAGUGGCAAAACGUUUGUGAUACUAAAACCUCUAAGGAAACUCACCCCUGCCAUUGGCUUGGUGAUCAUUAUUAAUGUUGCCAUAGCUAAAAAUAGCUUCAACGUGACCAAGGAGUCGGUAACGUCGAAAGAUAUUGAGCUGAAGGAGAUUGAAUGCAAAGAGUUGGAGGGCUAUGCCAAAGGUCCCUUGGUGAUAAGAAGCAAAUUGGCGGUUUAUGUGGUUCUCAUCCAGCCGUCCACUUGUGUACAGUAUGAUACCGUCGCUGAGCUAGACGGAGACGCGUCCAUGACAACCAUCGUCCCUGUGGAGCUCUUCUUUGAUAUUUAUGUCUGGAGCACACCAGGAUUGGGUAAGAUUGUGAUAAAGCAUUACAUGACAUUAAUAGUGCCUAAGAACAUGGAAACUCUGAUUGUACUUAAUGAGCGUCCAUUAGACGAGCUCACUCAAACGGAAAAAGAAACGAUCUCAUCCUGGGAUUUGGUGGGAAUCCCGUUAGAUGCCGGGAUCUACGAGCUGUACAGUACCCCUGUUAUCUACUUCGGCUGCUACGUCUACGGCUACGCCAAGGGAAGUGGCUACAUGCAAGUGGCUGGCUACAUGAAUGGGAGGCUUUAUGACAAGAAUCGAAACAGGAUAUGUGAAAAGUCUGCACCUAAACCCGGAGAUUUAUUGGAUAAUGAUUGCGAUGGUAAAAUCGAUGAAGAGAUCAAUAACAACCUUGAUGACGACGGGGAUUCUCAAAUAGAUGAAGAUUUAGCCAAACCAAACCGAAUAAAUGGUGCAUGGACUGACUGGUCAGCCUGGACCUGUAGCACUGACUGCAAAGAUCACAAAAUGUACAGGUCACGAGAUUGCACCAACCCCGCCCCUCAGAAUGAAGGAACUCCAUGUGAAGGCGAGGAAAAAGAAGCCAAGGAAAGUGACUGCUACAGGAACAAAUUGUGUCCUAAAGACUGUGGCCCUGGCUUCUGGGGUGAGGACUGCAAGUUCCUAUGUCAGAACUGUGAACCCGACUGUGAAAAGUUUACUGGACAGUGUUCUAAUUGCAAGGCCGGCUAUAAGCGCCCGAAAGAAAGGUGUAACGUAGGUUGUGAGGAGAAUGAAUACGGACCCAACUGUCUAAAGAAUUGUACCCAUAAAUGUGGAGAGGACUGCGCAGACAGGAUCCACGGAUUUUGCGCAAAGAAUAUACUCCUCUACGCACCCCUGAUGUUGAUACUGUUUCUGACACCGUAUGUACUGCUGUUUUGUCUCAGAUCGAGAGACAGAAAGAUCCAGAAGGAAGAAGGAGAACAGAAAUCAAAACUCGUAGCCAUACCCGAAACAAAAAGCGGUUCGUCAGAGGAUUCAGAUUAACACGGCCAGAGAUCUUUGGGCGCCUCUGGGUCCACCUAGCUCUAACGGGUACCUGACAUUAGUUGGGGAAAAGUGAAGGCGGUUGGUCGUUGUGCCGGCCAAAUGACACCCUCGAUAACCGUAGAACACAUCAUCUGCCCUACAGACAACAAGAUCUGAAAAGGGAACUUUAUUUUUUUUUAACACACGACCUGCUUUUGGCUCACCUAUUUUUAAUCUUUUCGUUAAUAAAAAAAAAUUAAUGUUAUUAAUUAUAUUCCUAGUUUUCUUCCUUUGAUAUGCUUUGUAGUUAUACAA